AUGUGGGUGCCGGCUAAAUUUCGGAGCAAGGUGCUUGCCGAGCCUGUACGGAGGCCGCAGCUCAUCGAACAUUCGAGCGACAAGAACAAGAACAAGAACUUGGAGACUCGACCGCAACAACAUCCCAUUCUCUCAGCACAACAACACAGUAUCUCCCAGGAAUUGCACGGGAAGAAACCAGCAGUAUUCAAAAUGCCUGUGGAUUACAGUAAAUGGGAUGCGCUCGAGUUGAGCGACGACUCGGACGUCGAAGUCCACCCCAACGUCGAUAAACGCUCCUUCAUUCGCGCCAAACAAAAUCAAAUCCAUCAGCAGCGCUUCGAGCGAAAAAAUAAAAUCGAGACGUACAAGUAUGAGCGCGUGGUCAACGAUGGCCUGCUCAAACGCAUCAACGCUCUCCUGGCCGCCCUCGAGUCUCAUAGCGCCGAUGCAGACAAACGCAGCCCGGAUGAACUCAUGUUCAUGGCCAUUAUGGAGACGGCUGGAGAUUCCCCGAAUGAGGCUCCCCCGCCGCCCCCGGCUGGAGUGCAUACACAGGAGAAAGAGCAACCAACAUAUUCCAAAAUGAUGGCCGCAUUAGUUGACCAAGUGAAGGCCAAGGUUGACGAGGACAAGCCUGAAAACAGAUUUGCGGCUUAUGUCGAGGAUGUCAAGUCUCAUAAGGCCAAGGUUGAAGAUUUACAAAGGCAGCUGCUGGAAGAGUUGGACAGCUUAGAGAAAGAGGAAGGCAGAAAGAUUACCAGUGAGAACAUACAUACAGGCUUUGACAGCUCUCAUGUCACCAAAGGCAAAGCAGAGGAUAAGUCUACUGGGGAAGCCAAGAAGUCGACGCAGAAAGCCCAAACAGUGGAAGUACUGAACCCCCAGGCGCUUGGCAAGCCACUCCUAACCAAGAAAUCCGACGGCCAACAAUCCUCUGGCGCGGAUGCCGACGCUGAUGAGCCUAUGGGCGGCGAUGAUGACGAUGAGGACGAAGUGGAGGCUUCAGAGCUAGGCAAGAAGUUCGCAUCAAUCAAGGCAGGGGAUUAUCGGACAUGCUUAGAAUUUAUUUCCCAGCAUCCCGAGGUAGUAGCGGAGAAGGAGACAGAUGGACUUCUAGUCCUGGCCUUCAACUCUGCGAUUGAUGGUGCGUAUGAACUUGCGCGGCAAUGUGUACAUCAAGCCCUUCUUCUCCAAUACUGCAGAGCACUAGGUCGAGAUGGCGUUAGGAUGUUCUUCAAGCGCAUCACCACUCCUGGCCACCAGGCUCAAAAGGUCUUCUUCGAUGAUGUUAACUCCACCUUUGCACGGAUCAAAUCAAGAGCGAAAGAAAUCGAAAAACAGAGAGCCCAAGAGGAGGCAGAAGGCACUGGUGGUGUGGAGCAGAUCCAGCUGCAUGCUGUUGACCCUAAUACCACGAUCAACAUCCAGAUCCCCCCUGAGAACAGCUCGGACCCGGCAGAGAUUAAGGCGAAAGAGUUGUUUAACGCUUUCCCACCUGGGCUCCAACGGGCAUUGGAGAGCGGAAGCUUAGAUGAGGUCAAUAAAGUAUUAGGGAAGAUGAGUGUAGAGGAAGCUGAGGAGAUCGUGGCCCAACUGAGCGAGGGCGGUAUGCUAUCUGUUGAAGAGCAGAUCAUUGACGCUACGACGGAGGAAGGGCAGAAGGCGCUAAAGGAGUUCGAGGAGCAGGAAAAGGCAGCUCAACAAGAGCAAGCUGCUGAACAAGCAGCUCUUUCAAAGUAUUCUGACGAUCCAGAGUAA